AUGUCUUCAAUUGAUACAGACGUUAUUAUAGUCGGUGGUGGCCCAUCAGGUCUUGUCCUGGGCCUGUUUCUGGCAGAAUAUGAAAUUAAGUCGAUCAUUCUCGAGAAAGAUGAAGAGAUCACACAGGAUCCAAGAGGAGCUGUUCUUACCGGCCCUGCUGUACGCAGCCUGUGGAAAUUAGGUCUAGGAGAGUAUGUGCACUCGAUCGGUCUAGAACUCAAGAGCAUCAACUUCCACGAUACUUCAUUCCAAAACGAUCCAUUCCUAUCCUUCAGCUUAGAGGAAGAUUCUCUCCAACAUGUUGUUCCUAGCGCUAUUGUCAUGAAUCAGCCCAAACUUGAGUUCUACCUUCGGAAGUUGUUAGAGAACUCAAAACUAUGCACUCUCCACAGAAGCUGUGACGUAGUAGCCCGAGAAGAAACCACAGACAACGUUAGCGUACAAUAUGUCGAUCGCAACGGGGCCAAACAGGAGGUUCGCGGCUUAUGGCUAGUGGGUGCUGAUGGGAAGAGAGGAGUUGUGCGAAAGAAGUUCUUGGAACCAUCUGCAGGAGUCCGACAAGAAGUAGGCAUAUUCGAGUAUGAUGGCAUUUGGAUCGCGGGAAACCUCAAGAUCACACUUCCGACACCACAGAGUCACCCGGACUUGCCAUUUUGGGAAAAUGGACUCGACCCUGAAGCUGUUUUUGACCUGUUUUGGCCACCCGGUUGGCAUUUCUGUCGCCCUCCAGGAAGACCAGUGGCGGCUGGACGGAUUGGUUCGUCUUCCGAACAUCUAUUCAGACAUGAAUUGGCCGUGCCUGAUUGGGACGACUCAAUGGACGCGGAUGCAAUCUUCUGGGAAAAUUUGACACCGAUGAUCACUCGAACCGUCAUGACGAAAUCAAAUAUUCCGAUAAAAGUGGUAUUCCCUCGAGAGUGUAUAGAAGUGCUCCGAUGUCGUCCAUUCCGCUUUGAUCAUCGCGUCGUUAACAAGUGGUUCCAUAAUCGCACAAUUCUGAUUGGAGAUGCUGCACAUGUUUUUCCUCCCUUUGGUGGCCAGGGAGUAGUCAGUGGCGUUCAAGAUGCGGAGAAUCUGGCGUGGCGACUUGCAGCUCUGGUGAAAAUGAAUGGUUCACCAACAUUUCAGAAAGAGCUUUUGCAGUCUUGGGCAUCUGAACGUCGGCUUGGUAUUGAUAACUCGGCUAGGCUCACCUUUUUCAAUGGCAAGCUAUGCAACGAUCAGCCUACGUUUGUUGGAAAGAUAUUCAAUCAAAUGAUGGGCUUGGCCUUGAGUCUUUCUUCAAUCUUGGGGCAACCGUCCCCUGAAGCAGGACCAAUCGCUAAGGGUUAUCAGGCCUGUCAAGACGGGACCUUCCUAGCCCAGUUUGAUGGUGGCGCAAAACUAGCGCAGAUCUAUCUUCAAAUUAUUACUAGCAAUUCUCAAACGGCCAAGAUUGAGCUCUCGGAUGCUUUCCUCAGAUCCGUGCCUACCAUCUUCACGUUGGUGGUGAUUCAAUCCCCGGCACCGCCGGGUGAUGCGCUUGCGAAGGAGCUCGAAGACCUCGGAAACCUUUUCAACGAAUCGGGUAUUUCCAAGGAUGUCCUAUCAAAGAAGUCUAUCGUCUACUUUGACCCAUCGGCAUCUUCAAACUUGAGCCAUUAUAAGGGCGAAGUUCCUUUAUCGUUCCCAGCCUCACGUAAAUUUCUGAUCAGCUACCCCAGCCGCCUCUCAUACGACCCGAACCAGUUCAUGCGCCGCUUAGGCAAUUCGCAAACAAAGUAUGUCAUUAUCCGUCCAGACCAAAUAAUCUACGCAAAGGCAAAAACACUCCAGGACUUGACCAAGUGUUUGGAAAGUUUGAAGGGGCAUAUCUAAUUUCAGAUAU